UUUAUGGGAUCGAGUGAGAAGUGAAUGUUGAGAAGAAGUGGAAAGCAGAAUUCCAAGGAGGAAACCACACAGUACACAUAAAGGUUGCGUCAGCUGUUACCUUUCCCUUUCCUUUUCUUAAAUAAAAUGAAGCAGAAUUUGAAUCCCAUACCACCCUUCUUCUCAAACCUUCUUCUCGACACUGCAAUUCUCUCUUUCAACUUUCAACUCAAACUCGCUCUCAACACUCUCAACCCCAAACUCUUCCCACCUCAAGUAUUUACUGCUCUUUUGUCAAUAGGUGGCUUGUGCUUUUGAAACUCUAGUAGCUUACAGCCUGACAGUUCAAUUUAGCAUUUGGUAAAGAUUUGGUUAACAUAUUCCCUGGAAUCUUAGUGGCAAUCUUUCAUAAGUUUGGACGCAGAAAUGUCUGGUAGUGAUGUGAGAAAAGUUUCAUGUGAAGAUCUACAAAUGGUGCAAAAUCGCAUAUGGCAGUGUCUCCAGCUCUACAUGAGUCGUGAAGAAGUUGUUAACAAUCUCUUCGUGCAUGACAAUAUAGAGCCUAGCAUUACUGAACUUGUUUGGCAAAAGCUUGAAGAUGAGAAUCAGGAAAUUUUCCAGGCAUAUUUCCUGAAGUUGAUGGUGAAAGAGCAGAUAUUGAAAUUCAACCAGUUGUUAGCAGAGCACUUAAAACUAAUGCAUCAGAUAGGACCAAGUGCUAUUGCCUCACUACCCGUGUCUAAUGGAUCUCAUAUUUCACCAAUACUUCAAAAUUCAGCACGCUACACUGCAGACAACAGUGGAACUACUGUGAAACUCGAGGGCAUGCACAAGUCUGUCCCGACCAAUUAUAGUAACUGCAGCUCAUCGUUUCAUCCUCGCAUACAAACAGCGGUUAAUAUGCCGGUUCAGAAAGUAAAGGUUGAUGUUAAUGCAAGCAGGUUAAGUCAAGCCUCGAAUGUGGUAAUGACACAAACCAUGAAUGGGAAGAUGAUCAAACCCGAGUCUGUAUAUGAGAGCAGCCCUACUUUUAAUUUCGGUAUGCGUGGAAACAUCUUUGAAUCACCGCCCGCAUUGGGUGAUGCAUCUGUUUCAUCAUUUAGUAGUGCUGAGUCCAAUUCACACCCCGAAACUCUCUUCGAUGCCGACACAUCUUCGUUUGGAUUUUUAGGGCCGAUUUCUCAGAAUUUCAAUCUCGCAGACUACACAGCUGACUUUUCGAACAGUUCAGAUAUCCUGGAGAGCUACUCUAGGUCUCCCUUUCUCGCUACAGAUACAGGGAACUUGCUUGAUCCCAGUGGGGACAUUGAGAGGUUAGCUAAUUCAUCAGACGGCUUGCGAUAUAAAGGUUUUAGUAGUGACUGAUUUCUCAUAUGAUGGUCGACUCCUGAUUCCAUGCUGCAGAUUCACUGGCAAACUCUUGUGAUAAAUAACCUGUUUUGCAUUAAAGGUAACUUGGUUUCGGGUUUGGGUUAGUUCUUACAGUGAACAACUUGACAUGAGAGAGUGCACUUAAUAUUUGUGAUGGAGAAGCAAUGUUGCUUUCUUUUUGUAUGUUUUUAAUGCUAAAUUGUUAUGUAUAUAUUGUAGAAAUUUUUACCAUAAAUUAUAGAUUGGGCAUGACUGCAUGUGGUUUUCUAAAUGCUGCUAUUGCUCUAAAAAUCUUUUGUAUGAGUUCUUGCCCAAAAAUAUUAUUGUGGUGGGCUUGUCAUAAAUGUCACAUCAUUGGUUUAUGAAUUGAUUGAUGUUUAAUCAAAUAAAA